AAGCCUGCCGGCCGCUCCCGGAAAGCUCCCGCCCAGCGCCACGCCUGCCGGAGCGCAUCUGCCGCCGCCGCCGCCGCCCGGGCUGCCGGGAGCCGUCGAGGUGGCCAUGGACGGGCAGGCGGCGAUGGCUCCCUACGACUACAGCCUGAUCGUGGGCCCCAUGCAAGAACCGGCCAGCCCCAGGACGCCGCGGCUCGACUCCGCCGGCUGUGCGCCUCUCCACACCGGACACCGGACCGCGGCGCAGCGGUACAACGCCCGGCUCUGCCAGGCCGGCCUGGAACCCGAGAGCAUGGCCGAUUACCUGAUCAGCGGCGGCACCGGCUACGUCCCCGAGGAUGGGCUGACGGCGCAGCAGCUCUUCGCCGUGGCGGACGGGCUCACCUACAAUGACUUCCUGAUCCUUCCUGGCUUCAUCGACUUCACGGCAGAUGAAGUGGACCUGACCUCCGCUCUGACCCGGAAAAUCACCUUGAAGACCCCACUUAUCUCCUCCCCUAUGGACACCGUCACAGAGUCGGACAUGGCCAUUGCCAUGGCGCUGAUGGGGGGCAUCGGGAUCAUCCACCACAACUGCACCCCGGAGUUCCAGGCCAACGAGGUCCGCAAAGUGAAAAAGUUUGAGCAAGGCUUCAUCACGGACCCAGUGGUCCUGAGUCCCAGCCACACCGUGGGGGACGUCUUGGAGGCCAAGAUCCGGCACGGCUUCUCGGGCAUCCCCAUCACGGAGACGGGCAAGAUGGAGAGCCAGCUGGUGGGGAUCGUGACCUCCAGGGACAUCGACUUCCUCUCCGAGAAGGACUACAACAUCCCUCUCAGUGAGGUCAUGACUCCACGCAGCGACCUGGUGGUGGCCCCCGCAGGCGUCACCUUGAAAGAGGCCAACGAGAUCCUGCAGCGCAGCAAGAAAGGCAAGCUGCCCAUCGUGAACGAGGUGGAUGAGCUGGUGGCCAUCAUCGCCCGCACGGACCUGAAGAAGAAUCGGGACUACCCCCUGGCCUCCAAGGACCCCCGCAAGCAGCUGCUGUGUGGGGCAGCCAUCGGCACCCGGGAGGACGACAAGUACCGGCUGGACCUGCUGGUGCAGGCCGGUGUGGACCUGGUGGUGCUGGACUCCUCUCAGGGAAACUCCGUCUACCAGAUCAACAUGGUCCACUAUAUCAAGCACAAAUGUCCGGAGCUGCAGGUGGUCGGGGGCAAUGGACGUGCAGUGGUGACAGCCGCCCAGGCCAAGAACCUCAUCGAUGCUGGCGUGGACGCCUUGCGCGUGGGCAUGGGCUGCGGCUCCAUCUGCAUCACGCAGGAAGAGCCGCCUGCGCGUGCCUGGCUGCAGCCCCUGGCUCUCCGGAGCUGCCGGGGCGGCCGAGGGCCGGGCCGGACCCUCGCUGGGCCCUUCCUGCCUAUGACUCUCCCUCCCUCAGUGAUGGCGUGCGGACGGCCUCAGGGCACCGCGGUGUACAAAGUGGCAGAGUAUGCCCGCCGGUUUGGGGUACCUGUGAUCGCAGAUGGCGGGAUCCAGACAGUGGGCCACGUGGUCAAGGCGCUCUCGCUGGGGGCCUCCACAGUCAUGAUGGGCUCCUUGCUGGCGGCCACCACGGAAGCCCCCGGGGAGUAUUUCUUCUCCGACGGGGUGCGGCUGAAGAAGUACCGGGGAAUGGGCUCCCUGGACGCCAUGGAGAAGAACCGCAGCAGCCAGAAACGCUACUUCAGCGAGGGGGACAAGGUGAAGGUGGCGCAGGGCGUGUCCGGCUCCAUCCAGGACAAGGGCUCCAUCCACAAGUUUGUGCCAUACUUGAUUGCUGGCAUCCAGCACGGCUGCCAGGACAUCGGCGCCAGGAGCCUCUCCGUUCUGCGCUCCAUGAUGUAUUCGGGGGAACUAAAGUUUGAGAAGAGGACGAUGUCGGCCCAAAUUGAGGGGGGAGUCCAUGGCCUCCACUCCUUUACGUUUCUGCCAUUUACGAGAAGCGGCUGUACUGAGGACAACUUCCAGAGCAGCGGCCAGUGACCGCUCCGGCCCCCCUGCCAGUGGCCACUGCUGAAGCCCACCGGCAGGCCCACCUCUCCUCUCGCCCCCGGUUUGGCUGCGGCCAACGCCUUGUGCUUCGGACUGCCUGCAGGCGGCGCCUCGGCAGAUCACAGCUCCUCUCGCCCGGCGGUGGGCAGAAUCGAGGGGUGGGGUGAAGGCCCCUCUUGGGUUCUCCAGCUUGCAGGCGGGGGGCCUUGGGUGGUCUCUCAGCCCUCCCCUCCUGGGCACAGCCUCUCGCCCGGCAGGUGCAGCUGGACCUGGCCUCCUGGGCCUCGGCCAGGCAGCCGGGAAGGAUUUGCGGCCCUCCCCCGGGCCUGGGGGGGGGUGAGGGGGUGGGCUCAGGUGGAAGGAGCUGCAAGGGACCAAAUCCAGGACAGCAGCUGAAAAGGGUGGGGGCACCUCUGUCCAAGCCCUUCUCCACCCCCAGCCCCAGGCCUUCCUGUGCUGGCUCUCCAGCCCCCAUUGCAGCUUCCGUGCUUCUCUGGGGAAGAGGAUCUUGGCUAUGAAGGGGAGGGGCCCAGCUUCCACACACACACACACCCUGGAUUCCCAACGCUGUAAUUUUCCGCAUGCCAGGGCCCUACGCUGCGUCCUGUAUUAUCCAUAAAUAAAAGCAGCAGAACAUCAUUA